GGAUCACCUUAGACAUGUUCCCCAUCCUUUGAUCCAUUUUCUUCGUCCUCGUGCUUGUCGUUGUACAGUAAGAAAGCAGAAAACUUCAUCAAAACUCAUCUCCUGUCUUCCCAAGUUUCAACACCGGCAAUAUCACUUUCUCUCUCCUAUCAUAUCUCACAUCAACAAACAAGCUAGCAACAAUGGAGAAUUCAUCCCAAUCUCUGGUAGAUUUCUGGGGCGUAAUCACAGAAUCAAAGCGCAUAAUCAACGCCCACUCCCGCCAUUUCUUAGCCCUCUCUGUCCUCUUCCUCCUCCCUCUAUCCUUCUCCCUCGCCGUUUUCCCCACCCUCCUUCACUCCUUUACUUCCUCCCAACCCAACCGCAUCGUCUCUCUCCUCCGCCUCAGCAUCCACCACAGCUCCGCCGUCGACCCCCCAAUUCUCCUCCACCCUGCCCUCCACCACUAUGCGCACCACAAAACCCUCGUUUUCUCUCUACUCUUUUCCGCCUUCAUCCUCUUUUUCUCUCUUCUCGCCUUCGCUUCCAUCACUUUCUCUGUUUUCCAUGGCUUCUAUGGUCGACCCGUUAAGCUUAUCUCUGCAAUCGCCUCUCUUCUUCGCUCCUUUUUCCCUCUUUUGGUCACUUUUAUUGCUGCCCAGAUUGUGAUUUCUCUUAUUUUCGCGCUAUUUGGGAUUUUAGCUUAUCUGGGUGUUAAAGGUAUUGAAGUAAUUGAGGGUGAAUUCUCGUAUAAUUCGCCUUACUUUUAUGGGGUUUCGUCAAUUGGGGCGAUUUUAUUAGGGUUGGUUUUAGUUUAUGUUGGUGUCAAUUGGAUUUUGGUUAAUGUGAUUGUGGUGGUUGAAUCAAGAUGGGGGUUUGAACCCAUGACUAGAAGUAGCGAUUUGGUGAGGGGAAUGAGAUGGGUGGCACUGUCCUUGAUCAUGUUUUUCGGAUUUUUUGAGCUGGUGUUGCUGUGGAUUAGUUUGGUUUCCGGGGGUGAAUCCAUUGCUGUGGGGGAUGGUUGGAGCACUUGGGCUUUUGCUGUUAGAAUCGUGGCUACUACUGCUAUUUUGACAUUGGUUUUGCUCCAUGGUAUCGCUGCCACCACGGUUUUGUAUAUGUACUGUAAGGCUUUGCACGGGGAAUUAGCUGGGGAGAUCGCUCAUGAGUUUGCAGCUGAUUAUGUGAGCCUGCCUUUUGAUGAUCAGAAGGUCCCUCGCAUUGUUUGUUAUGUGUAUUGACUUUUGAGCAAGUUUCGGCAUUACAGGAAGUAGCUUGUAACUAUGUUGGUGUAUUCUGGAAGUUUUGCUGCUAAUUUCAGAAGGCUGACAAGUUAGCAAGGUGAUUAUGUUGUGGUCUAACAACUUUCCCUAUCUAUGCAGUAUGUCAUCGAUUCAAACUUCUUGGUAUCUUUUUGAAAUUUUUCUUCUUGUUGGAAAAUGUCUUGAACUACACAUGCUCGAAUAACACACUUUUGGGGGCAAAGGGCAGAGUAUAUCUGUAUAUGCAUAUCAUUUACUCUGUGUACAGUAACUCUUAUUGUACGGUAUUUCUAUAAAGUUACAUGACCUAGCCAAUAUUUUAAAAAGUAGCAGGAAUGGAGACCCUACAAAAAUAAGCCACAUUCUUGUGCCUGAAACAUGUAUGCAUUUAUUUUCUGUAAAUGCGUUUCAAUGCAGAGCUUCUUCAUGAUGUUUUGUUGGUUGUAGAUUCCUUAGGAGAAAAUACUCUUUAUUGAUCUCAAGUAGUUAACCCUGCCUAUGGUCGGAUCAAUACAGGGUGGUUAAAUUAUUGAAGUUGUGGGUUUGAGUGUAGCUUUCAACUACUCUGGACUCCGCCCAUCCCUCAAUAAGAGGCUACAUUUCUAGUUUCGUCCCAAAAAUAUAGGCCACUUUCCAAAUUUAGGUUUUAAGUUGAACUUUCCCAUAGUUCGGAGUCCUUUUAUGAUAGUUGAAUUUUGUAAGAAUUAUAAAGGUGAUAGUAAAUAUAUUUUUCUACUGAAGUAUAUUUAUUGCAUUGUAGUUAAACUCGUUGAAAAAUGAUCCCAAAUUAAAAGUGGGACGAAGACUGUAUUAGAAUUAUACUGAGAUCUCUAUCUUGUAGCAGAAUGAAUUUGCUAAAAACAUGUUCCAUAUCACAAGUUUGUA